CACGGUGAUGGAACCAUAACACGGUGAUGGAACCAUAACACGGUGAUGGUAGCAGGCCUCUUGGAGACAGUCUGAAGCAGGUGUAGACAAACACGGCUCAUUGGCAUUAAAGCUACAGGCACGCAAAAUGGCGCCCCCUUUAAAUGACCGUCUAAAGUCCACGUCUUGGUCGUCAGAGGGGGUGAUGUGGUGUGGAAUAGUGACAUGUUUUAUAAACAUAUCAAACGCCACAAAAGAAAGAGGACUCGUCUUGGAUGUCGCGGUCCCACGGUGCCUCUAUGAUGACAUGACACGCCAUACGUCCACCGUCAUGACACAUGUCAUUCACGUUCCAGCCGCUAGAUGGUGCUUGGACACAGAGUGCCGGUGUGAGGCACAUUAGCUGAAGACAGGAAGUACCUGUGUGUAUAUAUGUUGGCUAGUUGCAAGCUGGAAUAAGUACAGCGAGUUCUUAAUGUUGUUGGUCUUAACGUUUGACGGAAACAAAGCAUCCACGUGACAACAAACCUCAGCAGGAAGACAAUUGCGGAAGCGAGUCGCGUCGUCCACACGACUGCAUUACCCACAAUGCACCGUCACGGGUAAAGUUGCCGCACCUUCCACGGGAGGGGUUAGCUACCGCUUCCCCGGUCAUCCCCACCACUCAGCGGGGAAGAAGCCGCCGGCAGACGGCCAGCUAAGCGAGCGUCAAGGGAGAAGCGAAGUUCCGGCGUCGAUCACCGUCGCGAAAGGCGGCCAGUCUCGCCUCACCGGAUCCUUCCCGGCGGCUUGCGGCGGCAGCAACAGGGCGCCAGAGCCGAGCGAGAUGUCAGCGGCGGCUCCGACCUCCAGCCUCGAAGGGAAUUACCGACGAACCGCCACGCCGAGUCCCACCGCCGGCGCCGGCAGCAGCAGCAGCGGGAGAGGAUGCGAAUGGUGACCGGGCGGAGGAGUCAGCCCCAACGGAGAGGAUGUAGCGGCACCGCGGUAUUUCUUGCGCCUCCAACUAACGUUAGAAGAGUAGUAGAGGAUAGAUAGCCGAGGAGCUAGCUGCUUCACUAACAUUCAUGACAUAAAGUUGCUCCCGGAGUGUGGAAGCCGAGCCGGGGGAGGAGUUGGACAUCAAGAUGCUACGAAGAAGACUCAACCGACUGCUGAAAGGCGAGGAACGAAGAGGAGACAGCAGGACCAUCUACGUGGGUCAUCGGCCACAUUCCGCCAGCGAGCCUUUCAUCCCGCCAAAGUUUUGUGACAACAGGAUUGUGUCAUCCAAGUACACCGUGUGGAACUUUUUACCAAAGAACCUGUUUGAACAGUUCAGAAGAAUUGCCAAUUUCUACUUCCUCAUCAUCUUCCUGGUGCAGGUGAUAGUGGACACGCCCACCAGCCCAGUCACCAGUGGCCUACCUUUAUGUUUUGUGAUUACCGUGACAGCCAUCAAGCAGGGCUACGAGGACUGGCUGCGGCACAAAGCCGACAACGAGGUCAACAAGUACCCGGUGGUGGUGCUGGAAAGAGGUCGCAGGCUCCGGAAGGACAGCGAGAAGAUCAAGGUGGGCGAUGUUUUGCAGGUGAAGGAAGACGAGACCUUUCCCUGUGAUCUGAUCCUGCUCCAGUCCAGCAGAGACGACAACACCUGCUUUGUUACCACUGCUAGUCUGGAUGGAGAGUCCAACCACAAAACGCAUUACACGGUUCCAGACAUGGAGGAUCUGGAGUCCCUCAGUGCCACCAUCGAGUGUGAGCAGCCCCAGCCCGACCUUUACAAGUUCGUGGGGCGUAUGCACAUCUACAAAAGCAAUCAGGAGCCUGCGGUGAGGUCUUUGGGCCCUGAGAACCUGUUGCUGAAAGGGGCGACCCUAAAGAACACCGAGAAGGUGUCGGGUGUGGCCGUGUACACCGGCAUGGAGACCAAGAUGGCUCUCAACUAUCAGGGCAAGUCUCAGAAGCGUUCAGCCGUGGAGAAGUCCAUCAAUGCCUUCCUGUUGGUUUACCUCUGCAUACUGGUGAGCAAGGCACUGGUGUGCACCACGCUCAAGUAUGUCUGGCAGAACACGCCUGGCCAGGAUGAGCCUUGGUACAACCAGAAAACCCAGAAAGAGAAGGACACCAACCUGUACCUGAGGAUGUUCACGGACUUCCUGUCCUUCAUGGUGCUCUUCAACUUCAUCAUUCCCGUGUCCAUGUAUGUGACGGUUGAGAUGCAGAAGUUUUUGGGAUCCUUCUUCAUCGGCUGGGACAAGGACUUUUUCGACCCAGAAAUCCAGGAAGGGGCGCUGGUCAACACCUCCGACCUCAAUGAGGAACUCGGACAGGUGGAGUACGUGUUCACAGACAAGACGGGCACCCUCACUCAGAACAACAUGGAGUUCAUCGAGUGCUGCAUCGACGGGAUCCAGUACAAGCACCGCCGCCGGGACUCCCAGGUGGACGGAUCGGAUGCCACAGACGGGCCCGUGAGCGUAAUGAAGCAAAAAGCUGGCAAGGAUCGUGAGGAGCUGUUCCUGCGCGCCCUUUGCCUGUGCCACACGGUCCAGGUGAAGGAGUCCCCCGAGCGGGGUCAUCCACCAGAAACCAGACCGGCCGACCAGGUGGACUGCCUACGAAUAGACGGAAACGGUCCGGAGCGACCCGGCGACCAGAUGGGCUUCAUCGCGUCCUCGCCGGACGAGGUGGCCCUGGUCAAGGGGGCCAUGAGGUACGGGUUCACAUUUCUGGGUCUGGAAAGCAAAGCCAUGAAGAUCCUGAACAGCAGCAAUGAAAUCGAAGUCUACGAGCUGCUUCACGUGCUGAACUUUGACCCCGUGAGAAGGAGAAUGAGUGUCAUUGUCAGAUGCAAAUCAGGUGAUAUUCUUCUCUUCUGCAAGGGAGCAGACUCCUCCAUCUUCCCCCGUGUCAAGCCGGACGAAGUGGAAAGGAUCCGUGUGCACGUGGACCGGAACGCAAAGGAGGGCUACAGGACGCUGUGUGUGGCUUACAAGCGUCUCAGCAAGGAGGAGUACGCCCAGGCGGACGCGGGGCUGAGGGACGCCAGGCUGGCCCUGCAGGACAGAGAGGAGAAGCUGAUGGCCGUUUAUAACGAGGUGGAGACCGGCAUGAGCCUCAUCGGUGCCACUGCUGUGGAGGAUCGGCUCCAGGAGGAAGCCGCGGAGACCAUGGAGGCGCUGCAAGGGGCCGGCAUCAAGAUCUGGGUGUUGACGGGGGACAAAAUGGAGACGGCCAAGUCCACCUGUCUGGCCUGUCGGCUGUUCCAGAGGAGCACGGAGCUGUUGGAGCUGACGGUGCGCGCUCUUGAAGGAGGAGGUCGGAAGCGUGAGGAGCGGCUGCACGAGCUCUUGCUGGAGUAUCACAAGAAAGCCGUGCAGGAGGCGCCGCUCUUGGAGGCCGCCGGCAGUCGCAGGAACUGGUCCCUCCCAGACCACGACUAUGGUUUGAUUAUUGACGGAGCCACGCUGUCCAUGGUGCUCAACUCCAGCGAUUCCAACUCCAGCCACUACAGGAACCUCUUCCUCCAGAUCUGUCAGAACUGCACCGCCGUGCUGUGCUGCCGCAUGGCGCCGCUGCAGAAGGCCCAGAUCGUGAAACUGGUGAAGCACUCCAAGGGCAACCCCAUCACCCUCUCCAUCGGCGAUGGCGCCAAUGACGUCAGCAUGAUUUUGGAAGCUCACGUUGGCAUCGGCAUCAAGGGUAAAGAAGGUCGCCAGGCGGUGAGGAACAGCGACUACGCCAUUCCCAAACUCAAACACCUGAAGAAGCUCCUGCUGGCGCACGGACACCUCUACUACGUCCGCAUCGCUCACCUGGUGCAGUACUUCUUCUACAAGAACCUUUGCUUCAUCUUACCUCAGUUUUUGUACCAGUUCUUCUGUGGAUAUUCCCAGCAGCCCCUCUUUGAUGCAGCCUAUCUGACGAUGUACAACAUCUGCUUCACCUCCAUGCCCAUCCUGGCGUACAGCCUGUUGGAGCAGCACAUCUGCAUGGAGGCCCUGCUGAGCAACGCCCCCCUCUACAGAGAGAUCCACAAGAACGCCAUGCUGCGAUGGAGACCCUUCCUGUACUGGACCUUGCUGGGAGUCUUCCACGGCUUGGUCUUCUUCUUUGGUGUGCAGUGCCUCUUCAGGAACUCUGCCCUGCAGGAUGACGGACAGGUUUAUGGAAACUGGGCUUACGGCACAAUCAUCUUCACUGUCCUGGUCUUCACUGUCACGCUAAAGCUUGCUCUGGACACUCGCCACUGGACAUGGAUCAACCACUUUGUCAUAUGGGGGUCUCUCGCUUUUUACAUGCUCUUCAGCUUCUUCUGGGGAGGAAUCAUAUGGCCCUUCCUUCGCCAGCAGCGUCUGUACUUCGUGUUUGCCACCAUGCUGAGCUCCGUGUCGGCCUGGCUGGUGGUCAUCCUUCUGGUGGUGCUCAGCCUGCUGCCCGAGAUCCUUCUGGCCGUGUUGCACAAGCCCCGCGACCCCCUGGCUCAGCAGAUGAAGCACCGCCUUCCUUCCUCGGGGACUUCUACUAUCUUCAUGCUGUCGCAGACCGCUAGCACGCACAGCUUCUCAUGGACUGACUGAGGAUGCAGACGUGGUGACCGUCUCCUACAUGCAGCUCUUGGCACGCCACUGAAGAGCAGGAAACACUCACGGCGACCGCGGCGGCGGCGGCCACAUUCAGGGUUCCAUGCCAGUCAGGUCAGACGUGCCUGAUCGUCACGGAGGAGGCCGAGCAGCUGCUCCGACUCCGGCUUUUUUCCCCCGUCCCAAUGACGCUCCUUCCUCACGGCCCACGCAUGCCUGCACAGCCGUGCCCCGCAUUGUUCCAUUUUUCCAUAUCUACUCAGAUGACGGACAUGUACUCUAUGUCUUUUACACAGCUGCCUUCUAUCAAGCUACCGUCCACUCGCGCUGCAUGAGGAGAACGUAGUUCUUACAGGAAAGGUCCACUCUUAUGGGGGAACUCUGACCAUCGUCCACAGUCCUCUUCUCUUUUCCGUGCCUCCUAAAGACACACUUUUUACCUCUUUGUAUACCUUUAGAAGGCACAGAAAAGAGAAAUGUGUCUUCAUGUCUGACAUCAGGAUUGUGGAAGAUGGACAACAUUCCAAAACAAAGUGCACUGUUCCUUUAAGACACCGUGCCAGUCCAAGGUCUGUUAAAUCGUUCUAUAUGUGUUUCCAUUUUUGAAAGUUAACAUUCAGUCUGAUUUGUGUGAGAACCAAACACAAAGCUUGUGAUAGCCACUUCCCCCUUGUGGGCCAAAAACGAGCUCCCAACUAACUGUGUUGCUUGUCGGUUUUCCAAACCAAAUGUCACUGUGCUCAGUGGAGCGUCGGAGCAUCCCUGGUUUCAUCUUAUGGUUUAUGUCAUGGAUGUUAAGUACAAAUACGUGUGUCAACGAGACACCGAUGUUUGUGUGGAUAUUUUCACCUGUGGCCACUUUACCUGUGAUCUCGUCAGAAUGUAUUGGCAGCUUUACUCACAGCGCCGGUCAAAGGUUUGGAGACGUUCCCUCAUUCAAUAGCACCACAACGUGUCCCUAAACUUUUGACUUGGCGCCGGCCAUAUGUCAUUUAAGUUGGAGUACCUGGAGAUGUGAUCCGUCAUCACGACAGACUUCAAACCCUGUACUGUGUAUUUGACGGGGUGGGUAAGCUGCGGCCCCCGGACCUUGCAUGGCACAUGAGAGCCUUUCAUCUGGCCCACCAUGCAAUUCCAAACCAAACCAGACCUCAGGAGUUCUUUGAUAGUCCAACAUAGUCAACACGGCACCAGUCAAACGUUUGAUACGCCUUCUCGCUCGCUAGCAUGAACAUGUCUCCAAACUUGGGACCGGUCUAUGGUCUAUUGCUAAAGAUUAGUUAGCCGUAUUUUCAUAUAAGAGUAUUUGGUCUGGCCCGUUGCUGCGGCUCGUUCUACGACGUUCCUGUGAGAAUAAACGCUUGGAGCACUCCUGCACUAAUGAUGAAGCUAAAGCACCAAGGCAAAAGGUGCACAAUACCACAUACACACCAUGCACUAAAGGGUAUCCGUGGAUCCUCUUAUUAUUAUUAUUAUUAUUAUUAUUUAGCUGAAGAUGCGUGUCAUAUCCUAUCAUACGAGGCCCACUGAGGCGCUUCCUGUGUUGCUUUACAUACAUUCCAUUCAAUCAUGAAAGACGCCUACAUGGUGGACACGUUUAUGUUGGCUGGUGGUCUUCACCCGCCCAAGAAAGGAUGUGACCUCCAGACGCCAUGGUUCUCCAGCCUUUAAGCGGCAUCAGAGAUGCUUCCUGGAGUCAACUUCACAGAGUGGAUUGUAUUUCUAACCUUUUCCAGUCACUUUUUCUAUGUACCAAAAAGCAGAAGGGUUCUUGUCCCGGUUCCUCUUUGGGACACGCUACCGUCUCAAGACCCUUUUUUUGACUCGCCAGCCUCUCAGCUGAAUGUACUGAAAUUCUAUUUCUAUUUAAAGUUUCUGUAAUAAUAAAAAGCAUUUUCAAGAAA